AUGGAGAGCCAACGGCGCGCGUUUUCCGGGUGUCGACGUGGCGCCGUGCCGCCGACUCGCCUGCAGCGCGACGCCGCGCUGGUUGGCUCUCCACGCGGCGACGCGCCAACUUCCUCCAAGGCGCAAGGUCCGCCGAAUCUCGUCGCGCCGAACGUUCUGAGCGCAAUUCGUGCGUCAGCGCACCGCGAUUCUUCGCACCCCGAGCGGGCGGCAUUCCAAGGUACCCCUGAGGCAAGUGCUGUCCAUUCCGGCGGUCACGCCGGCGCUCCCGCCAGCCGUGGCCCGCUCGCUCGCGUUCGCCCUGCCGCCUCAACAGCAGCAGGAGGGGGAGCCCAAGGCGUGCAGAUGCGCGGGCCACGCCCGCCGUCGCUCAUCCUGCCCUCCCAGUGCGCCGCCCACACCUGCCGUGGCACCGCCGCCACCCAUGCUGCCGUCAGGGCCGCGCAGGCAGUCAAUGACCUUUCUGCCGCGGCUGCUGUUUCGCCCGCCGCGUCUGCUGACUCCGGUGCUUCCUCGCCUUCCUCAUUCGCCUCCUCCCCACCCGCUCCUUCCGUUGCUGCUGCCAGCCCGUCCGCACUCCCGCUCGCCUCCACCUGCGCUGAAUCCCCGAGGCUUUCACACCCGCGCUCUGCACAUACCGCCCCUUCCCCUCCUCCCUCCGCCUCCGCAUCUCCGCGCCUGCUCCAGGCGUCCCGUCCGCGCGCGCCCAGCGCGCACUCGUCUCCGCGUCCCUGCAUUCCCGAGCGCACUGCGCAGUACGCCUCCCACGACCAGGCGGACCUUCCCCGCGCGGCGAGCUUCCACCAUCCGCCCGCCCGCCGCCGCGAGUCUGAUGCGCCAAUGGCGCAAGAGGCGGCCGACCUUGCCCGCGCGCGCAGCUUCCACCGCCCGCCCUCGCAACUGCAACCAAAGCUCUCCCCCUCCGCCGCCCACCAUACCCGCUUGCCCUUCCCCCUUCUGCCCCUCACCUUCCCCCGCUCCCCCACCCAUCCCGCGCCCCGUAGCUGCCCGCCAGCACGCCUGCUCGCGGAGCAGCCGCUGCGGAAUUGGGGGAGAGGCGAGGGUGGGUGCAGGGGGCAGGAGGAGUGUGAGGUGAUGGGGUGGCGAGGGAAGUGGGUGUCGGAGGUGAGAGGGGACAGGGAGAUGAGGGAGGGUGAGGGGGCGGAAGAAGGGGAGGAAGAGUGGGGAACACAGAAAGUGGGGAGAGGGGAGCGGUUGCUGCAAGGACGGAAUGUGAUCUUGAGAAACAGGCAGCCGCAACGGCGGGCAUCUUGUGGCGGCCAAUCGGAUGCUGCCAUGUGGCAGCGUGUCCACGACGGAAUGCCUAUGGAAGAGGCAGACGUGCCCAUGUGGCGCCUGGUGGCUCGCGCCCUGGCGCCUCCCAGCCCCACACCGCACAGUCAGGCGCCUCCCAGCUCCACACCGCACAGUCAGGCGCCUCCCAGCCCCACACCGCACAGUCAGGCGCCUCCCAGCCCCACACCGCACAGUCAGGCACCGCCCAGCGCCGCCUCCGCACAGUUGAAGUGCCACAUUGGUCCUGGGGGAGUAGCAGCAACAUGCACUUCCAGGGAGCGGGUAGGAGGAGGCACUGUGAGGGGGGAGGGGGUCGAUGUUUCAGGCGAUGUGAGGGGGUUCAGCAGGGCACAGCCGCCUGAACGCAUACAUGAUCACACUCGAUACAGUCACAGCCCGACCCCCUCUCCACGAUUGGGGUGUGCCUCUGGGGGGAGCUGUGUGAUGCUUCCUCCACCCGUGUGCAACCCCGCUGCAGCACCCACACAUACCCUCGUCCAGCCGUGGCAGCAGCAGCAGGAGCAGGAGGGGGAGGAGCAGGAGGAAGGUGAGGAUCCAGGGCUCGCCGUUCCACGCAGGGCGUACUCCGCACGCUGCACUGCCACCGCUGCCCCCACCCGCUCGCCCCUCUCCCCUGUCCACCACCGCACACAUUCCUCCAGUUUCUCCCACCUCCAUCACUCCCCACUUGACAGCCCAACAGCUGGCAGGUGUGGCACGGGGCGGCAGAGGGGAGCAGGCGAGUCCAUAUGUCUUGCUAGUCCAAGGGCCAUCCGCAGUCAAAAGGCCCUCACUGCUCCGCACAGCAGCCCACAGCUCGUCUCCGACCCAAGGAUCCCAGCAGCUCAGCAGACACAGGGCUGUGAGCAGCACACUGUGGCCUGA